CCCCAACAUACAAGCAGAUCAAUACUGGCUGACUUUACUUAAAAGGGGAGGACUUUCUGUGUCCUCGUGGUCAGAGUCCAACCUGGCAAUGCUGUACAAUAGUACAUUUUCUAUUUGUCUAAGAUUCACGAAAAAAUAUAUUUUUGUUGGUGAUGGAAGCUCAGUACAACCAGUUUGAGUCAACCUCUGAGAGAUUUGACCUUGCAGAUCAGAAUGUGACUUUGGACAAAGGUAUGAGGAGGAUAUUGCUAUAUGCCCUCUAUGGCAUCCUUGUUGGCCUGCUUUUAAUUCAACUGAUGGUAACUGGGAUCAAAUUCUCACAGUUAAAUACGGAAAUCACUGAUAUCAAACUUCACUUGGAAAGACUCAGCCAUCAUGCCUCGGGUGAUGGGACAACUAUCCACGAUGUUCAUUUAGAAAAACGUGUCCCAGUUAGAGGAGCAUGUAAGGAGGGUUGGGUGGCAUUCCAAACCAGCUGCUACUUGCUGUCUAGCACCACCGCCACCUGGAGCAAGGCUGAGCAGCAGUGCCUUUCACAUGCAGCACAUCUGGUGGUUGUGAAUGGUGUGGAGGAACUGGACUAUCUUUCAGAAAUUUCUGAAAUCACUUAUAAAUACUGGAUUGGGCUGGUGGAACGAGCUCACGAGGGAGAGUGGAGCUGGGUGGAUGGAACUGACUACGAUAAAACCCCAAAGUUCUGGGACGUAGAUCAGCCUGACAACUGGGCCUUCAGAAGAAACGGUGAGGACUGCGGGCAAUUUCAUGCUACCGAUGUCCGCGUACGCCGGCGGUGGAAUGACGCUGACUGCAAUAUAUCAUAUAACUACAUAUGUGAAAUGCGCAUAUGAGUCUUACAUACCACAUGACAGAGUAUUUUUUGUUUGUUUUCAAACAUUUUCAUCAAUGUAAAAAAAAAUAAUAAAGC